AGAUGCAUCAUGCUGCCUCUUUCUUCUGUCUGGUAGAGAAUUCUAUGGAGAGCGGCUAAUGAACAUAAGAAUCCUACCGAAAUCUGAACAAAAGGAUGGUUAAAGGGACACUGAUACUUAUCAUAUGUGUGAUAACCCUCUGGGGAAAAUUGAUAUCAGCUGCAAACCCUCAUAAAGCUCACCAUGUUAAGACUGGCACCUGCGAGGUAGUGGCUCUGCACCGAUGCUGCAACAAGAACAAAAUUGAAGAGCGGUCCCAGACUGUGAAGUGCUCCUGUUUUCCGGGUCAAGUAGCAGGAACGACACGCGCCGCUCCUUCUUGUGUGGAUGCCUCAAUAGUUUUACAGAAAUGGUGGUGUCAAAUGCAGCCAUGCCUUGAUGGAGAGGAAUGCAAAGUACUGCCGGAUCGCACUGGCUGGAGUUGUGCCUCUGGAAAUAAAGUCAAGACAACCAAGGUGACACGAUAGUUGACGAGGAAGGCCGGCUGCUUUUUGAAGAUACCUUAUCUCAAUUGUUGGGUCCUCGUCUUCAUUCAUCACCCUGUUGCAGGUUCCCAGACAGGAUGACCUGGGAAUCAUUCACUUGAGCUUAGAUAUGGUGAUACACAGAGCUCUCAAUGAUAGGAGAAAGAAAAUCAAGCAAUUAAGAAAUCUCCAGGGAUCUGGAAUCUGACAAGCUGGAUUUUCCCAGUCUGCUAUUUCUCAAUGGGAGGCACAAAGGAGGAAGGCUCACUACUCCACAUCUAUUGAGCUCUGCUGCUAAUUUCCAGAAUGUUAGUCACAACAAGCAGGUCUCCCUCACUUAGUCUUUAUACUGUGGCCACUUCGGUCUUCAACACAUCUGAACAGAUGGUCCAUAUUUUCGUGUAGGAGCAAGCAAGUGGAUUCCUUGGACCAGCGGGGUAAAAUGGAGAUGUCCUAAAUUUCAUUGCUACUAGACUGUGCGCUUCCGCACUCCCCAAGACUUUGAUGCAGCCUCAGGCCUCUUGCGAUGUGCAAGUUGAGACGUUCUGCUGAACUUUAAAAAUUUCGAAUCGCAGGGAAGCUUUAGGUUUUCACGGUUCGGAUUUUUCUUUUGUUAUAGAGGCAAUUACUAAUGGUAAAUGUGUAUAAACUGCAGUCUGCUAUUGAGAGUAAAUGCUUUUCCAUAUACAUGAAUUGUACAAAACAGGUAUUGCAGCAACUUCUGAUGCAACUGCACUACUACUGUUCUUUGGCAAAUGAACAAAUACAGUUCCAAACUAUUUUAAUAACUUCAGUGUACUGAAAUAUGUGCUCUACCACUAAAGUACAUCUUUUAAUUUGGUUUAAGUUGUUAAAUGGAGGUACCAUUCUGAAACUGUUGGAGACUUUUUACAUUAUCAACAUAAUAUUGACAACCCAAGACAUGCUUGUUGUAACAUCAGUUCUGCUUGUAUACAAGUUACUUAGCAAUUAUGUUUGUCAUUGUACCCUCAUCUUUAUUUGGAAUAUUCAGCGUUAUGAUUUGAUGUGACAAAAUCCUCAAAAGAUCUUAUUUAAUGAUGAAGAUUUCUGUGUACUCUGCAAAGCGAAAAGAGAUUCACCACCCAGGUGAGGCAAGAUGUGGAGCAGGUGUUAAACUCAGUGAUGCUGUAACAUGUAGCACAGUUUCUGAAACUUUUUUAAAAUUUGGUUUUGUUUCUGGAAUUGUGUAUAUCUUUGUUUUCAAUGUAAGCAGUAAAUAAAAUACAAGUAGCAACAA